UCUACUUGUGGUGCAGAAAAAAAUAGGCAAUUACUUCAAAUUGAGUUUUACUACAUACUUACAAGUCAGUCGGACCUUGCUACAUAUACUAAAGUGAGGAUUUUGAUGGACAUGGCUGGUUGGAAGAUACGCUAGACUGCCCAUCUACAUACAUUCAUACACCUCAUCAUCUCUAUGCAGGCUUAUCAAAUCUAUAAAAUCUACAACUUCCCAUGGAUGCUGGCCACAUAUUUUAUACAUUCUCAUCCUUUAUUACGUACAGUAAAGCAGUUAAUUACUCCCAGUUUUAGCAGCAGCGGAGUGGAGAACAAUGCUCAUCCUGCUAAAAGUUCCCAUAACUUGAGGAAACCUUCGAUUGAAGAAUUUUACACAUUAAAGCCACGAGUAUUAUAAACAAGACAUCGACCAGGCCACGUAUGUAUUACACGUACGCAGAAAUAUGGACGUAAUAUUCCCACUCGAAUAAAUUUAAAUUGUUGGUCUGUGCAAAUUUCAUCUCAUAAAUAAUUUACAAUCCUAAAUUACUUAAAUACUACUGCCAAAACUAAAAUCUCAAGACAAAAGCAAUUUUAGAAAAUUUUAUUAGUGUCUUUUUAGUAUCACACAAAAUCAUAAAAAUAGUCCGUGCUGCGACCAAAAUACCAAAAUUUUAUUUAAGAAAAACUUUUACGUAAUAGAUACUUACUUAUAAUCUCGUAAUCGUAAUCUCCUCUCGAGUAGGAAAUUACACAUAAAUUGCGAUAAAGUGCAAAAAGUAUUACUUAUUGUCAGGUAAUUUGCAUGUAGGUAAUUUGCAUGCGUACAUAUGUACCACUUGGCACAUGUACACGUAAAAAAGUGUGUGUUUGUCGCCAUUCUGUAAUGCAAUUCUAUCACUAAAUCUACACCCCGGAUGGAUGGAUGCUUGCAUGGGUGGUGUCAAUUCUUGGGGGAUUAGUUAACGCAAGAUGCGAUCCCCUCGACCACGACGACAACGCUGACAAUGGUCUCCUCUUUGAAAGUAAACCACUUACUUUACAUGACUCACUAAAUAUCUAACAAAAAAGAGUCGGAUACACUAACCAAGUCGAUCUUCUUCUUCAGUCUGAUUCAAAACGUUACCUGGUGCGUAUAGCGCCACCAUCACCACCACCACCUGAAUAUUUUUUAAACCUAACAGACAAACGUAACACUUAUCUCUACAACCAAACCAGUAAGACAACAAACAAGUGAAUAAGUGAAGUGCAAGAAUUUUACAUUUUUAUGCAUGUGCAAAAAUUUAUAGAAAACUUUUACACAUAAAAGUGCGUGGUGUGGUUCAUAAUAAGCGAUCACUGGUUUGGUUACGCUGUGCAGCAACUGUCGCUCCUCUAGUUCUGGUUGAGAUCCACUUUUACAAAGAAAAUCUUGACCAUGUUGUCAUGCUAUUAAGUAAAAUUGCAUAUCGUAGUGGCACAAUUGGCACACUUAUUAUUUAUUAUUUUACCACUGGUCUACUACACUAAUCAGCAGCAGCAAAAGUGGUGGUGAUAAUGCUGCUGCUGCUAGAAUUAUCUAUUUACUCUCGGCAGGACAAAAUAGAAUGUGAAUAACAGCAUUAAAUGUGAGACAAGGUUUUCACGUAGCCAAAAUAAUAGUAAUAAUAAUAUUUAGUGACGUAGAGAGCGAGACGAGUCUCAUGUCACCUCCAAAUUAUUACCUGCACAUACAUAUUCUGAUCAAAUGUGAGACUUAAUUUAGUCACAGUCAGUGCAAGAGAGUAACUGUAAAAUUCGUGCAGUUUGUGAAAAUGUCGAAAGUUUGUGAAAAAAAGGAGGUUGACGAAAUGACCACAAGUGGCGGAGGUGGUGGAGUUCAGAAGUUACCAAAUUCCGAACCGGAAUUCACCCUGGAAAAGUUAAACACUUUGAUAAAGAGUCAACUUCGUCUCUUUUUCAUUCCGGCGAACAAAGAGAACGCCGCCGCCCCCGCGGACAACGCGGCGAUGACGGAGAAUGGUGGCGACUUGGUGGUAAAAAGUCCGGGGAGGGAAGCGCGGCGUUGGGGGAAAAGGGGGCCGAUUAUUCAGAGGAAUGGUAGUAAUUUAUCACCACCUCCAGAAAAUGGGGGUAGUAAUUUACCACCCCCAGAAACUAGACAUCAUUCUCACCGUCGUCGAGGUCCUUUUAACUGGUCCGGUCUCUUUGAAAUGAUGAUCUGCGACUUUAUCCUGACCUGUUUUCUCCCACUCUUUUUCGCUCCGAUGUUCCUUCUCAACAUUAUCGGCCGCUUUUUGGCUAGAAUUUACCUCUAUUUCAAAACUGGGGGGAAAGUGCGUCUCAUGCGGGGACAGGAUGCCUUUUGGGCGUCGGAGUCAGAAUUUAAUCCAUGCAACUUCACGAGUCUCUAUGUUAUCGAGGGCGUCCCAGAUUUGGAGAAGAUAAGACAGCGGUUAAAAUCCAGUUGGAUUGAGCGAAAAGACACUCAAGGACGAGCCAUGUUUACCAAACUAAAACUUAAGGCUGUUCAACGUGCAAAUUAUUUUGGAUGGGAGUACCAUUCGCAGUUUGACUUGAGCGAACAUAUCAGAUAUUUACAUCCUGAUAACCCCGAUAAGCACACGGGCGAGGCAGAACUAUUUGAAGAAAUCACGGCCAUCUACGACCGCAUCUUACCGGCAGAUAAGCCCCAGUGGGAAGUCCUUGUCGUACCGAAUUAUCACUAUGAGGACGACACCUCGGGCCGGAAGGGGUCACACCAUUACGCCCUCAUCUUCCGGGUCCACCACUCCAUCAUGGACGGUCUCUCGGCGGCGCAAGGGUUGCGACUUGUCUUUGCCGACAACGUCGUCGAGGCGGGCGUCGACCCCAUGAAACCCAUCAGAGCGACGUUGAAACAGAGGAUGAGUGUCAAUAUGGCGGCUUUGAUGUUAGUGGGACCUUAUCUGCUACGAAAUCUGUACAUGAAAAAAGAGACGAACCCAUUUCAUGGUCCGUCUCUGUGUGGGCCGAAAACUUUGGGAUGGUCGAGACCCAUCCAGCUCUCGGCGAUUAAGAAAUUGAAGGACGCGACCCAAUCCUCCAUCACCGCCGUGUUUACCGCCUGUAUCGGAGGAGCCUUCAAAACCCUCGCGGAAGCCAAGGGACACCCACCCCCGGAAAAAUUAACCGCCGCCACGUGCGCGGCACUCAUUCCGUAUCCAAAUAUCAAGGCGCAAAACAGAUUUUGUGUCCUUUUCACGCCAAUUCAUACUCAAGUGGAGGAUGCGCUUGAACGCGUCACCCUUUCUCAAGAACCGUUCGCUAAUCGAUUCCUCAACUCGGCCGAGGUUAUCAUGUCCUAUUGGAUCACGUGGAUCGGUGGCUGCCUUCCCGUCCCAGUUUUGAAAUUACUACAGGACAGGAUCUGUAAUGGGACCGUCCUCCUCUCCAAUCUACCCGGACCGAGAAGCACCGCCCAAAUUUUUGGGGGUGACCCAAUCAUCGAUGUCGUGGGGUGGUCCCCGAUCCGCAACAAGAUCGGAAUUGGCCUCUGCCUGUUCGGGUACAAUGGGCGCAUUCGUGCCAACGUGGUCGCGGACGCGUCCGUCUUUCCCGACGAGGGCGACGUGACCCAUUUCAUUUCCGCGUUUGAAGGGGAGCUCGCCUCGUUGGGGAGGACGUGCCUGGGUUUAAGGGACGAGGAGGUCUUCACCUGUGGGAACAGGCACCCCCACCACAGUCAGGCGGGAUAUUAUAAGAAUUACUAUAAAAAUAAGGGAAUUGGUGGUGGUGGUGGUCAUGGCUCAACAAUUGUAAACAAAAGAGUGACCAGCGAUUCUAAUCAGAAUUUUAGUAGGAGAACCAAUAAUUUUAGUAGACAGAGGGUGAGAACUAGUUCAAUUUCGUGAUUUUUUAUGAUAUUUUAAGUAAUUUAGAUUAUGUAUUGUUAGAAAUGACUGAAUAAUAAAAUUUGUAAAUUGUUGAAAACA